CCCACCCUCGUCACGUGAUCCGGGUUGUCCUUGGCUGCAGGAAGGAAGGGCCGCCAAGUUUGGACGGAACCAUGUGAAAUGAACUCCGGAGCAUCGUAACAAUGUCUUUCCCUCACAAAAUCGGCGGCAAAGCUUUCGAAGCCUUGCGUAAUAUGCCGCGCAUAAGCUUGGAAAACCUCAGACCCGAACCCGGCGCCACGCAUCACGAGAAACGUCGUGGCAGAGGGCAGCACGGCGGCAACCGUAGCGGACGGGGACACAAGGGAGAGCGGCAGCGAGGCAAUCGCCCUCGGCUCGGAUUCGAAGGCGGACAGACGCCCUUCUAUCUGGUCAUCCCUAAAUAUGGUUACAAUGAAGGCCACAGCCGUCGUCCUCAGUACCAGCCACUGUCCCUGAGGCGCCUUCAAUACCUCAUCGACUUGGGCCGCGUGGACCCGGAGCGGCCCAUCGACCUGACGCAGCUGGUCAACGGGCGCGGCGUUACUGUGCAGCCGCUCAAGAGGGACUUUGGCGUGCAGCUGGUGGACGACGGUGCCGACUUGUUCUCGGCCAAAGUGAAUAUCGAGGUCCAGCGCGCAUCCGAGAAAGCCAUCGCCGCCGUGGAGAGGAAUGGCGGCGUGGUGACCAGCGCGUUCUACGACCCCAUCAGCCUGGCUAUCCUCAUCAAACCCGUGCCCUUCUUCCAGCGCGGCCAACCCAUCCCGAGACGCAUGCUGCCCGGUGAGGAACUGCUCCCCUACUACGUGGACCCUAACAAUCGCGGCUACCUGGCAAACCCUGACGAUAUCCAGCAGGCACGCCUCGCCCUGGCACUCAAGUACGGCUACGUACUGCCGGACAUUUCCCGAGACCGACUGUAUGAUAUGCUUGCUGCGCGCAAGGACGUGCGGCAACUCUUCUUUGGACUCGCACCAGGCUGGAUAGUCAACAUGGCCGAAAAGAAAAUCCUCAAGCCUUCAGAUGAGAAGCUACUGAAAUACUAUGCAUCCUAGUGGACGUUUGUGAAUUGCAAGCUCGAGUAGUCCAAAUAAUUUGCAAUAAAUUGUCAUGUCAUUUGUGAACAUUCAUCCAAUGCAUAAUUUGAAUAAAUCAAAUGUGUCAUGGCAGUACAGUCGUUCACAAA